AUGACCGGAUCAAGCUCACAAUUCGGUCACGCGACCUCGACACCACCCCGGAAACCCUCCACAAGGACGGUCGCGCAACGAAAAGUCUACGGCAAAAAGAAGAACAUUGCCCCGCGCGCAGUGUUUGAUCCCAAGAGCCCAAUCAGGCUAUCAGAUGAGCACAAGGAGCGGGAUGGGACGGUAGAAGCUAUCCAAGCCAAAUUGGCGGCGGUGUCGCUUGAGGAGAAACCAGUCUCUGUUAAACAGGCAAAAACUACCAAACCAGCACCAAAACCAAUAUCAUCAAAUCACCGAGCAGUACAGCCCUCAUCUCCCAGACCUCAAUCAACUCAGAAAUCAACCCCACGUUCCUCUCCACAACGACUAGACACCCCCACAAAACCACAAUCACCAAUGGCUUUCACUAAGAGCAAGACAUACCAGAAGAUGGUGGAAGUCAGAGUCUGGCCAAAAGAAACGGAACAAGAUGAUGUAUCCUCAGAAACAAAUGAUACCACAUGCACAUCAUCUACAAACCAGACCCCACGAAAGAAAACCUCAGUCCGCACAUCUUCCGGUUUUAUCCACGACCCCAAGGCUAACACUUACGUCCGCCCAAUCCUCAACGAAGCACUCUCUCCCUCGCCUCACAAAGUAUCCAAAAAUUCUCAACUUGGGCCUCCCGAUCCGCUACCAUCCGAAGGUUCAUAUGGAGAGGUGUACAAGCUUCGUCUUCGUGAAGAGAGUAAUCGACCCGCCGUAUCCAAAUCAAAACUCGCAAAACUUACCGCAUACGGAGACGGUGUAUUUAAGGUUGUGCCACUACGUGCGCAGAGAGGCCUCGGAUCAAAGAAGUUUACUACUAUUAUUGAAAUUGCCUCGGAAGUCAAGAUGCUCAAGUAUCUCGAUCCGAUCCCAGGAUUUGCGCGCUUUAGAGAGAUUCAUGUGGUGCAGGGUCGCUUUCCGGAUGCCUUUCAGAGUGCUUGGGAUUAUUACAAGGAGACUAGGGAUGAUUGUUUGAAUCCUGAUCCUGCGAAUAAGAAGGCUUUUCCCGAUACGCAACUCUGGGCGAUCGUGGAAAUGGAUGAUGCUGGAUGUGAGCUGGAGAAGUUUUCUUGGUCGUCUGUUUUUCAGAUCUAUGAUAUCUUUUGGGGUGUUGCCAUGGCUUUGGCUCGUGCUGAGGAGUAUGCUCUUUUUGAGCACCGAGAUCUACAUCUAGGCAAUGUCUGUAUUCGGUCGGGGAGGUCAAAUGGGUCAAUGGAUCCUCCUUCCAGUAUGGAAAUUGCGCGAAGAAACUCGCCCAGUGGGUUUGGAAUCAGUGCUCUAGAGACCACAAUUAUUGAUUACUCGCUCUCUCGUGCUGAUUUACGACUGGCUGAUCUGUCCGAUGACUCGGAUGGUGUAGUCGAGAGUGCUUCCUCGGAUUUGGAUAAGAAGCAAAUAUUCGAUGCAAUUGGUCAGGAUGAGGAUGAGAUCUUACUCAGAGAUACUUACAGAUAUAUGCGUGCAACGGUCUAUACUGGAAAUCCAUUGGAAACCGAGAAAACGCCAAACGUCCCUGGAAUCUGGGCUGACUAUGCACCUCGAACAAAUCUGGUUUGGUUACUUUUCAUUCUGAAGAACCUUAUGAAAAAUCGGAAAGAAGAGGCUGCGCAGCCUAUCUCUGAGCCAGAAGCAUCCCAAAGACAGGCACUGGCACCUUGCUCCCCCAACAGAGCUAUGGAGGAACAAUCAGCGAAGAGCAAGACGGAUAAAGAGACUCUGUCCUGUACUCUUGUGAAAAAGAGACAUAGCAAAGACCAGCAAGCCCGAAUUGAGAGACUCAAGCAGAGACUUGAGGGUAGACUUGAGAGAGUGCUCGAUCUUCUUGACCUGGAAAAUGGAGACGAGGAUAUGUGUUGUGCGGCUGAUCUUGUUGCUUAUGCCAUGGACUCGCAAUGGCUGGUUGAGCAGGACUUUUUCUAA